AUGACCAGCAUCUUGGUGGUAGAAGAGCACAAAACAGUACAGCUAUCAAGGCAUGAAACAACAAAAACAGCAGAUGGAAGCCACGCAAUCACUUGGUAUCUGCAGAAGUCGCAAGUCAUGCUGCGACAGCUACUUCUAUGGACAGAAGAAGAAGUAAGGCCGCUCUUUGGUGCUUGCAUCUGUGAUCACAACAACAACCGGUUGAUGCAACACUAUCACGAAGUCCGUCCUGAAGGAGUAUUCGAAUGGAGUCAGUGGUGUCUACAACAGGGCGCAAUGAUGCAUUGUGCCAUGUUUGGAGCAGAAGGUCUGAGGAGUAAAAAUGAAGAGUAUCAAGCUGCAAGCGAUCAGCAG